AUGGCAUCGUUUGAUCCGGUGGAGCUCGCUGAAGCGAUAAGGCAUGAAUUCAUUGUGGACGAUGAUUCGGGCUUAUGCGCCAAAAUAUUACGCCAUCCUGCACGAAAAUCAAAGCCAGGUGGGUUGCCGUUGAAUUUUCGCUCGGCAGCUGAUUCGGACUCCGACAGCGACGGGUAUUCUCCGUGCUACCUGGCAACUGCUGAUACUCAGUCCACCUAUGAACUUAUUCAAGAGCGUCUACGCACACUUGCCAUCGAUAGCGAGCAAUCCAGUGCAGAUGAUGAGGAUAAUCUGGCCAGAAGCAGCAAAACGGCAGUUGCAACUCAAACAACCAGCGAACCGGAUUCAGAACUUUUAGAGAAGGCAGAUUUCGUGAUCAGGACCGAUCUUGCUGCUUAUGCCCGAUUUGCUGCAACGAUUAAGAAAUUCUUUUGCAGACUUUUAGAGAAGGCAGAUUUCGUGAUCAGGCCCGAUCUUGCUGCCUAUGCCCGAUUUGCUGCAACGGAUACUGAAAAAAGUCGGAAAUUAUUAGUGUUUUAUUCACUGGAAGAUUCAGCUAGCAGUGAGCAGCAGAAUUUCGCGUUGAUAAUCUACGCUCGACCUGAGACCCGAAUUUCGGAUCUCGUUGGAUUAUGUUGCUACGAAUAUGCUAGAAAUCAAAAAACAAAUGAAAUUGGUGAUGUAUCGGACUAUCAUCUGCUGAUGGCCGAGGAGAGUGGUGAAAUUGAUAGGGACUUUCCUGCAGUGGAUGGGCAUCAUCUGCUCAGUGAACUCGGCGCAUGCUGGUCCACUGUGGCGCUUGUCAAACGACGCUCUCGCAUGGAUUCCCGUUUGCCAUCCAUCAGAGUUACUGUGUUCGUCUUUAAAUGCAUUUGUGCUUUCAUUGAACUGGCCACUGUUUCUCAGUUGCAGCUAAUAGAUAAUUUUUUACUGGAAUUGGGCAUCAUUUGGGUCGGGCAGGUCUCACUGGAUCAGGGCGAUGCUGUUUUGCUUGGCACAUCAAAAUUAUGA